CCUGAAGGUAGCACUAGGCAGGUGCAGAGUGAGCGUUGUGGGAUGACUCUUCAGGUUGAUAUUCAGUUUCCACAGAGAUUUAAGGUGUGGUGAAACACUUUUCCGGUUCAAACUGAAAGCAGAGGAACUUCCUGUUGUCAUCAUGUCUUUAUGGGAUGACUUGGAGUCGCUUGUGAGUGCACCUUCUUCCUUCACAGCAAAACCUGGGGAGAGAGGAACCAUCAAGCCCAUACCCAACUUUAAUGCAGGAGGCGAUGCUAAGGCUCUGAAGAAGGCCAUGAGAGGACUUGGCACCGAUGAGAAGACUUUGAUUGACAUUUUGACCCAUCGAAGCAGCGCUCAGAGGCAGCUCAUCUGUGAAGCUUAUCAGAAAGACACUGGCAAAGCAUUAGUGAAGGACCUGAAAGGAGAAACCAACGGUAACUUUGAGGAGCUGCUGGUGGCGCUCGUCACGCCUCCUGCUUUGUACGACUGCCAUGAAGUGAUCCGGGCCAUAAAAGGAGCUGGGACAACAGAAACGGUCUUGAUUGAAAUCUUUGCCUCCAGAUCCAACGAGCAAAUCAAAGCUCUCUCUGAUGCCUAUUUCAACGAAAAAAAGAAAACGUUGGUUCAAGAUCUGAAGGGGGAAGUUUCCGGAGACGUUUCCAAAGUGCUGCUGCUCCUGGCCGAGGGCAAGAGGGCCGCGGACACCACAGUAAAUAUGGAGAAGGCAAAAGAAGACGCCAAGACCCUUUACAAUGCUGGCGAGAAGACGUUUGGCACCGAUGAAUCUAAAUUCAUUGAAAUCCUCUGCCAGAGAAGUAUACCUCAACUGAGGCAAACUCUUGUUGAAUACAAGAACAUCAGUGGAAAGACUCUGCAGCAAAGCAUCGAAAGCGAGAUGUCAGGGAACCUGGAGAAGCUACUGGUGGCGAUCGUGAAAUGCGUGAAGAGCGUACCGGCCUACUUUGCUGAACAGCUGUACAUGAGUAUGAAGGGUGGUGGAACCGACGAGCAGACCCUGACCCGGAUCAUGGUGAGCCGGUCCGAGAUCGAUCUGAUGGACAUCAGAGCCGAGUUUAAGAAACUCUACAAACACUCACUGCACUCUACCAUCAAGUCAGAUCUGUCGGACAGCUAUGGGGAGUGUGUGAACGCCAUCUGUGGAGGAGACGAUUAACGCCUGAGUUCUACCGUACCGUACGCCGGGAAGAAAUCUGCCUGCUCUUGAACUCACGCUGUUGUUCUCUUAUACUUCCAAUUUACCUUCAACUUCAAACUACUACCUAAAAACUUGUUUUACAGACAACUUUGAAAGACAGACGUCAUGUGGAAUCAUGAGAGGACAGUGAAAAGUCUGGACAAGCAAUGCAGUUCAGUAAAGAUUGAUUUUUUGUUGUUAAUGAAACAUCGGCUGAAGUUUUAAUAUAAAAUUCUGUUUUGUUUCAGUCUGAUUGCGGAGGGGAAUAUGAAAAGACUCUGCUUCAAAUUUGUGGAGGAGAUGACUAACAUCGACAUGUUUUCCAUGUAAACAUACUUUAUUGGUGUUGAUUUUCUUCUGCCUGUGAAUAAUUCUUACAUUUUGCAGAUGUU